CAAAUCUCAUGAUUCUAAACAGUGUAUUUACUUUUAAUGCGAAUCUCCCACUUGCGAAUUCUCUGCAGCGACAAUGCCUGUGUUUGAGACAAAGCCUUUCCGGGAUGCUCGUGAGCAAGUCAACAAUUUGGGCGACCGUCUAGGAGCCCUUUACCGGCGUCAAGUCACACACCAUCCUUUCCUCCUCUUCGGUUUGCCAUUCAUCUCGUUGAUGGUUGGUGCCUCGUUCCUUCUCACGCCCGCGACGGCGCUUCGAUAUGAGAAACAUGACCGAAAGAACAGACAGGUCACCGACAUGGAGGCAAUGAGACUAGGUCUUAAGGGAGGAAAGGACGGCGAAGGUCGACUCCAUUACAAUCCACGGCGUCAAGUGGCUGCAGCUACCCCAACAUCGGCAAGAGACGAAUAUUACAGACUUAUGGCUAAGGAUCUCGACAAUUGGGAACAGAAGCGUGUUGAGCGAUUCAAGGGCGAGCCAGAUGGACGACUAUGAUGAGUUGACCAAAUCAAUGUCACAAGCCGCAGUUCGAGGUACUAUGAUCGGUUAUUCAGCUGCUCGGCUGUAAUUCAACCCCCAGAUUCAGAUUGCUGAGCAAGAUGAGCUGAAUGUCAAGCGUAUGUUCUACAUCUGACGCACAGAACGCAUUCAGGAAUGCGAGAAGCUUUUCGGAGCCGACAAGGGCCGCUAGCCAUGACAAGAAGGCUUAAUGCUGAGUGAUUCGAGAAGGCACUUGAUGAGCACACGCACAUUUGGGGACAGCCAUCACGUCAGGUGCUACUUUACUGUGAAAUCACCGGAACCACGCAUUGGAAAGCACCCAUCUUGUGGUGUGUGAGAAGCGCUCGGGACUGAUGAGGCAUUCCUCCAAACCUGAAUCCUCACCUAGAGCGCUUUCGGCAAAGAGCUUAGUGGUCAGAAAUUGGCAACCAAUCGGCAGAUUUGGAGGGAGAAUUGUCCCAACACCACGGCAGACCACGAGUCAGGCGUGCAAGGAGUGCAUUGGAUGCGGUCACAGGCCCAGGUCUGGCCGGGUCGACAUGAAGCAGCGGGGCAUAAGCGAGCAAGAAGAUGACACGCGGAUAGGUGGAAGCACGUUGAGGUCAAUGCAUGUGGAUUAUCUUGCUUGCACUUGCACGUCACUGCAAGAUACCAGACAGAAAUGUAGGAUAUCUACAGGAUCAGAAUAGGGAAACGCAUCGAAAUUGAGAGAUUCGUAUGAGUAUUUUUGGCACUGAGAUGAAAGGUGACUCGGUCUCGCGUGGGUACGCGCAGGACAGCCUCUGGGGAGACACCAAGUCUUACUUCGUGUGGGAGUGGAAUGGAGACUGGCGACAUUCGCUGACAUAUCGUUUCCGGCAGUUGCCACUCUUGAUCCGUGCCAUCCAAAGUGACGCCAUACCUGAUCGUUACGGUGCCCAUCGGGCCUUUGGAACCACAAUUAUUCGGGUGCUUCUUAUACGGGCAUUAGGCUGACCUGUGGGCUUGGACAUAUUCUGAA